GGAAACUUACAGUCAUCAUGGGACCAUCCGGGGCGGGAAAGUCUUCUCUUAUGAAUAUCCUUUCCGGCUACAAGUAAAAUUCAAUAUUUAAGCAAAAAGAUCUCAAGUUGCCGGAGGUGAAGUUUGUAUAAAUGGCCGACUUCGGAAUAUGAGAACAUUCAAGUCGCUGUCAUCAUAUAUAAUGCAACAUGACAAACUACACCCAAAUUUGACUGUCUUUGAGUCAAUGAUGUUUGCUGCUAAACUAAAAUUGCCACAUCAUAUUUCAGAAGCUAACAAAUACUCCCGUGUUAUGGAUAUUGUUGAGUCAUUGGGGUUGGGGAAUUGUCUUCGUGUAAAUGCUUCAAAAUUAUCGGGUGGUCAGAGAAAGCGAUUGGCUAUAGCUCAGGAGCUUAUUUCAGACCCAGCUGUUCUAUUUCUUGACGAACCAACCAGAGUCUUCAAACCUCGUCAGUCUCGUCAGUUUGCUGCAGAAUCUGCCAGAGUGGUGGGGAAAUGCAAGUCCUCUUGUCAACCCAUGCAAAUGUUUGGGCACGAUCGGAUUCGUCUCUUGUGUAAUCUACACAGAAAUAGAAAUAAAUGGAAUUCAAGAAAUUGUGGACUCGACUGUUCAUGGUCAUCUUGA